AUGUCUCUCGUCUUCGCCAUCCUCGCUGGGGCUCUCACUUUCUCGUCUUCCUUCGCCGGAGGACCCAACAAGCACGAGAGGAAAUACGACUCGGGUAUAUCUUACGCUUUAACAGCUUGCGUAUUUUUCUCCGGUCUCCUCGCCGAGGUCCACAACCUAUUUGACGAUGUCAUACCCGAUCGUGACGACCCUACAUACAGGAAACUGGGAAUUUUCGCCGGUCUGAAAAUGCUGAUUUUCUCGUCCCUCGUCGCCACCGUCGUCACCGUCCCAUUCGUUUUCAUCUCCGGCGAGCAUCACGAUUUGAAGAGGGUAAUGGAUUGGUUUGCAAAGGGGAAAGCUGCUUACGUGAAGACUAUGGUUAGUCAAGCCGUUGCGUGGCAGAUUUACUGGGUUGGGAUCGUGGGUCUCGUGUGCGUAGUCUCGAGUGUGUUCUCAAACGUGAUCAGCGUCUGUACGUGGCCCCUCGUAUCGCUCCUGGUGCUUCUGUUCCAUUACGUAGACAAUCAGUACGAUGUCUUUAACGGAAUUACCAUAGGCAUUGCUGCUCUAAGCGUAGCGUCUUACAUAUACAUGAUUCACAAACAAGCUAGUGACGGUGACGGUGACGGUGACGGUGACGAGGCCACGAGCUAA